AUGAGUAACACACCAGCAACGGGGGGAUCAUCAUCGUCUAAAUCUAAAGCUUCAGGAGCUUCUCAGGCGCCGGAGAAGCGUAAACCCCUCUUUCAGAAAGAAUUGCAGCAUAUGAUGUAUGGAUUUGGCGACGAGCAGAACCCGCUUCCAGAGACCGUGGCGCUUGUAGAAGACAUUGUCGUGGAAUAUGUCACAGAUUUGACACAUAAGGCUCAAGAGAUUGGCACAAAGCGAGGAAGGCUACUAGUUGAUGACUUUCUGUAUCUAAUCCGCAAGGAUUUGCCAAAACUUAACCGGUGUAGAGAACUCUUGGCGAUGCAAGAAGAACUGAAACAAGCUCGUAAAGCUUUUGAUGUUGACGAAACAGUCGAAUGA